AUGGACGGGUGAUGUUUAGAGGUUAAUCUACUCUGGUAUCGGGGGAGGAUCUUGGAGAUUUGAUGGUCGCUAAUGGACAUGCGUCUCGUGCAAGCGGACCCAAGAAAAACCCUUAUAUUAGUAUUAGAUGACACAAGGGACCAGAUUGUACUAGACAAGGCUUAUCUGCUAAUGUGUCCUACCUAACUAACCUUAAAGAGAUGUAUGUGAGCCUACUCUCAAAUUGUACAUUAUUAGCGGAAUUAACUGAUUCUCUGCGAGGACUUGUUACGAACCCUUCUCUUGCUGGAGGUUGUUUUGCUGUUAACGAUGCAGUUGUGGCCCUGUUUGAAGGCAUGCCCGGACGAGGUUUAGUUUCGGCCCUUCUCCCAAAUAAAAUGAUCAAAGUUAAAUUCGUUGACUUCGGUAAUUUUGAGUUGUUCAACGCUGCGGAUCUCUGGAAACUCUCUGGAGAAUACCUUAACAUUCCUCAGCUCGCAAUAAAAUGCAGAUUGGACCUGGACGGAGUUGAGCUGGCUAAAGAACCAGAAACAGUCGUGCAGUACCUCAAGACGGAGUACCCAGAUGUCAAGGAGGUGCGGUGUGUGUUUGUGAGGAAAGAAGAAGAGACACACGUGAUCAGGCUGUGUACGGAGGGUGGGGAGGAGGAGGUCAGUAAACUAGUAGCUGCAGGCCUGGUUCGCUCUAAAGGUGGUCCUCUCAGUCAACCUAGUGGUCGACCUCCUCUCAGUAAACCUAGUGGUCCACCUCCUCUCAGUAAACCUAGUGGUCCACCCCUGCUUACAUCAUUCUCUAACAAACGAAAGGUUGUUUAUUUCAAGCCGAGUUGUGUGACGCUGGAGGUUGGUGCGACUUUCAGCACCGCUAUCUGCAACAUUGAGAAUCCUACCACCAUUAUCGCCAACUUUCUCACUCCAAUGCAGGAUAAAGCAACCGAGUUCCUACAACACGUGCAAGUAGGAGGAGAAGGGAUAGAGACGUUUGCUGCAUCAGGGACCACCCCGGAGUUAGACCAACUGGUACUGUGCUUUAGUGGGGAGUUUCAGGAAUGGUUCAGAGCAAGGGUCAAGUCUGCUGGAGGUGAGUAG